CAUUUCCCCAUAAUCCCAAAAUCCAUCUCUAAUGGCAGCCAUGAACUCUGGUGUUUUGGCUUGCAACUACGCCAUCUCCGGCGCUGAGCUCAACUCCAAAGUCAGCUCUCUGCCCUCUGUUGCCACUCCAACAGCACCGGCUCCGAGGCUGCCUGUCAUCAGGGCCCAGCAGUCCAGUGAGUCAGGCAGGAGAGCUGCCAUUUUCGGCCUUGGCGCCGCCCUCUUCACCGCCGUUGCUGCUUCCAGCGCCAACGCUGGCGUCAUCGAUGAUUACUUGGAGAAGAGCAAGGCUAACAAGGAAUUGAAUGACAAGAAGAGGCUGGCCACCAGCGGUGCCAACUUCGCACGCGCCUUCACCGUUCAGUUUGGCACGUGCAAGUUCCCCGAGAACUUCACCGGAUGCCAGGAUCUUGCCAAACAGAAGAAAGUUCCAUUCCUUAGUGAAGAUCUAGCCUUGGAGUGUGAAGGGAAAGACAAGUACAAGUGUGGCUCUAAUGUGUUUUGGAAAUGGUGAAAUGUAUAUGAGCUUACUACAAUGUGUAUCUAGUUUGUGCUUCAAGAAAUUCAUUUUCUGAAUA